GCACAUGAGCUACGAACUACGAACUGCGAACUGUGGAUGGUCGCAUAUUUUGACAUAUCGUUCACAUGAGUUAAAUAUUUCAAUUCGCAGACAGCGACGAAUUGUCAAUUGGGUUCAGGGAUGUGUACUCAAAAAAAAAAGUGAAGUAGAAUCUUAAAAAUGUGAGGCUUUUUAUUUUGCUAUGGGAUUUGACAUAUGAAGUUUUUGAUGCCUCAGUUUUCUUUCUAUACUUCAAACUGAAUGUAUUUUCAAUACAUCCCUGUGUUUCUUAUUCAAAAGAUUUUUAUCGUGAUGAGAUACUUUGGAAAAAAGUGGCUUUUUUUAAGUUUUUUUUUUUAUAAAUAUCUAAAAAAAAGACAAUAUUUACAUGUGCAUCCACUUAAUAUGGAUCGUCGCAAAAAAGGAGAAUUUUUUUUACUAAUUAACGAGCUUGAAAAAUAUCCUGGACGGUUCCACCAAUAUUUUCGGAUGUCCAGGGAAAAAUUUAAUACCAUUCUUCAUUUGAUUGAAAAGGAUCUAAAGCCAAAGCCGUUGGCCUUUAGGAAAGAUUUUAUAUCUCCUAAAGAGAAGCUGGUUAUUACUUUGAGGUAUGUAAAAUUUGAUAUAAAUAUGCUGUGAAAAAUAAAUUAACUUUGUCGAAAUUUUUAGAUUUUUAGCUACUGGCACAAGUUUUGUCGAUUUGGCAUUUAGGUUCAGGAUGGGAGCGUCUACCAUAGGAUGUGCCGUUAACCAAACUAUAGAGGCCAUUAUUCAAAAAUGUCUCCACAAUGCUAUUCCCACUUCAAGAACUAAUUCUGAUUGGCUUAAAAUAUCCAACGAUUUUCUACAAUAUUGGAAUUUUCCCAAUUGCCUAGCCGCUAUAGAUGGGAAACAUGUUGUGACAUUUGCUCCUAAAAAGAGUGGGAGCUUAUAUUUCAAUUACAAGAAAAGCUUCUCCUACAAUCUCAUGGCGGCUGUGGAUGCACGAUAUCGAUUUAUUAUGGUUGAUAUAGGUGCUUAUGGCAGCAAUGCGGAUUCUACAGUUUUUUCAAGUUCACCUUUUGGGAAUGCAUGGCUUAAUAAUCCUGAAAACCUUAACGUGCCGGAAGAUGCACCACUUCCUGGAACAACCAACAAAAAUCCAUUUGUUAUAAUCGGCGAUGAAGGCUUUGCAUUAAAGCCAACAAUUCUUCGGCCCUAUCCGGGCCACAAACUGUCGGUAAAAGAAAGGAUUUUCAAUUAUAGGUUAUCGAGGGCAAGAAGAGUUGUUGAGAACGCUUUUGGUAUAUUGUCUCAAACCUGGAGAAUUUUAUUAAAGCGGCUCGAGGUUAAAAAAGAAUCAGCAAUCAAUAUUAUACUUGUUUGUUGCAUUUUGCACAAUCUGUUACGUAUGGAAAGCGCAACCCAAUGUGAAACAACAACUUCAACAGCAUCACAAGCACCAGUGGACAGGGACGAAUCAUCGGUUCCCGCUUCCAGUGGAUAUGAUGUCCGAAGCCAAUUUGCCGAUUGGUGUGUAACUGAAGGGGAUUUAGACUUUCAAUACAAAAUGAUAUAGACUCGAAUUAAGAAAUUUAAGUAUUCAUUAUAUUUUUAGUUAUUUUAUUAAAACAAAAUAAAAAGUAAUUCAGUCUUUUGAUUACAACAGAAACACAUUUUCUUAUGGCACUUCACAAAGCCUUAAAACUAAUAAUAAAUAAUAUAGAAAGAAUAAAAAAAAAAACAACAAAAACAAAGAAGUAAAAGUAAAACUAUUAAAAUUGAUUAUUCAUCCUCAAAU